UUUAACCAUUAUAGACGCUAUCCACGUCGCAGGGGUCCUCCACGCAAUUACCAGCAGAAUUACCAGAAUAGUGAGAGUGGGGAAAAGAAUGAGGGAUCGGAGAGUGCUCCUGAAGGCCAGGCCCAACAGCGCCGGCCCUACCGCAGGCGACGGUUCCCACCUUACUACAUGCGGAGACCCUAUGGGCGUCGACCACAAUAUUCCAGCCCUCCUGUGCAGGGAGAAGUGAUGGAGGGUGCUGACAACCCGGGUGCGGGAGAACAAGGUAGACCAGUGAGACAGAAUAUGUAUCGGGGCUACAGACCACGAUUUCGCAGGGGCCCUCCUCGCCAAAGACAGCCUAGAGAGGACGGCAAUGAAGAAGAUAAGGAAAAUCAAGGAGAUGAGACCCAAGGUCAGCAGCCACCUCAACGUCGGUACCGCCGCAACUUCAAUUACCGACGCAGACGCCCAGAAAACCCUAAACCACAAGAUGGCAAAGAGACAAAAGCAGCCGAUCCACCAGCUGAGAAUUCGUCCGCUCCCGAGGCUGAGCAGGGCGGGGCUGAGUAAAUGCCAGCUUACCAUCUCUACCAUCAUCCGGUUUAGUCAUCCAACAAGAAAUGAAUAUGAAAUUCCAGCAAUAAGAAAUGAACAAAAGAUUGGAGCUGAAGACCUUAAGUGCUUGCUUUUUGCGCGUUGACCAGAUGACUAGAACUAUCUGCAUUAUCUAUGCAGCAUGGGGUUUUUAUUAUUUUUAUCUAAAGACGUCUCUUUUUGGUAAUGACAAACGUGUUUUUUAAAAAAAAAUAAGCCUGGUUUUUCUCAAUACACCUUUAAAGGUUUUUAAAUGGUUUCAUAUCUGGUCAAGUUGAGAUUUUUAAGAACCUCAUUUUUAAUUUGUAAUAAAAGUUUACAACUUGAUUUUUUCAAAAAAGUCAACAAACUGCAAGCACUUGUUAAUAAAGGUCUUAAAUAAUAAAAAAAAAA